AUUGCGUUGUGGGACUUGAAGUUCAAGUCCGCCAGCUGAGCUGUAUAUUCAGGGUUCGGUGCCCAGAAACGAACAGCAUUACCCAUACUGUUGCAUGUCAGCUUGCUAUGCCCCGCCUCGUUUAAUGGAAGAAUAUGAGCAGCAAAAAGGGAAGGCUGGGGGAUAUAUUUAUUUUGAAUAUCUGAAAUAUUCAGUUAUGUACAUUCAUUUUAAUAUGCAUAUAUAUUUAUGAUUGCAGUUAAACGCAACGUUUAGGCCUAGAGGGCCAAUUUCAUGCAUUUUAUUUGUGCAUGCGAAAUACCGACCCCCUCCCCAGUGUUUGCCAGAUCAGGGGAACUUGCAGGCCCUAGCUAAUCACCGGACUGGAGUAUUUCUAGUGAUCGGGGGAAAGGAGCUACUGCAACUAGGGAAUGGGGGGUAAUUGUUCUAGACUGAACGCUAGCCAAGGUUUGGGUUGAAGAAGUUUGCAAGUGUUUAAGUAGGCUGCAAGAACAGCGGUUUAUUCGAUGUGUUAGAAACUCAUUUGUUGUGCCCAAGCAUUAAGGUUGACAGAACUGGAUCAAAGAUAUCUACUAUGGAGCGUGCUGGCAGCAUCCAGUUGGAAAUCCCCGACUUCAGCAACUCUGUGCUGUCCCACCUGAACCAGCUGCGCAUGCAGGGCCGUCUGUGUGACAUUAUCGUCAAUGUGCAGGGUCAGAGCUUCCGUGCCCACAAGGUGGUGCUGGCAGCCAGCUCGCCAUACUUCCGUGACCACAUGUCCCUCGGAGAGAUGAGCACAGUCUCCAUCUCUGUCAUCCGCAACCCCUCCGUCUUCGAGCAGCUUCUCUCCUUCUGCUACACGGGCCGGCUGUGCCUCCAGCUGGCUGACAUUAUCAGCUACCUGACGGCUGCCAGUUUCCUGCAGAUGCAGCACAUCAUUGACAAGUGCACUCAGAUCCUGGAGAACAUCCACUUCAAGAUCAACGUGGCUGAGGUGGAGGCUGAGCUCAACCAGGGCAGCAGGGGUAAGCAUCAGGAAAGGACCCCAGAGGGUGGGAGGAGCGACAAGACCCGCUCCCUCAGCCCCCGGCACAGCAGCCCGAGGGGAGGUCGGCGAGCAGGAGGGGUGAGCCCCCCAGAGGAGUCCAUGAGCCCCCAGAUCAUUGAGCACAGCUCCGAUGGCAAUGGCAAGGAGCCCAUCCUGAGGAUCAAUCGGGCAGGACAGUGGUAUGUAGAGACAGGGCUGGAGUCAGACCGGGUGAGCGGGCGCAGCGGGGGCAUGGAUGACGAUGUGCGCGUGGUGGACGGGCUGCGCAUUAAGACAGAGAGGAUGGAGGAGUGGAUGGGUGCUGAGACGCAGGCUUCAGGGGAGGAGGGGAGCAGCGCUGAGGAAGUGCCCGCCAUGAUGAUUGAUACCACAGGCCACAGCUCACUGGCGCAGGAGAGCUCAGGGGCCAAGGGAUCCCAGCCAUCCAGCAGUUUCAGCGAAAUUGACCGGUUCAGCCCUACAGGCAGUGUUGUGGUGAUGGCUGAGCGGCAAAGAGCAAAGAGUGAAUCACCUGGCAGGGUGGAUGACCAGAGGCAGCUUACCUCACAGGGAGAAGAGCAAACAGUUUUUGACAUGGGUGGCUACGAGGAGUAUUUGCGUGAGCAAGUGGGUGACCGCUGGUUCCGUUACAACCCGCGUCUCACCUGCAUUUACUGCUGCAAGUCCUUCAACCAGAAAGGCAGCCUGGACCGGCACAUGCGCCUGCACAUGGGCAUCACGCCCUUCGUGUGCCGCAUCUGUGGAAAGAAGUACACUCGCAAGGACCAGCUGGAGUACCACAUCCGCAAACACACAGGCAACAAGCCGUUCCACUGCCACGUCUGCGGAAAGAGCUUCCCUUUCCAGGCAAUCCUCAACCAGCACUUCCGCAAGAACCACCCGGGGUGCGCCCCUCAGGAAGUAUCGCACAGCGCCUCCCCUGAGACCACAGUCACCUCGCGGGGGCAGAAUGAGGACGAGUCUCCUUCGCAGGAAGAAAGUGGGGGCACCGCUUUCAAUGAAACCGUGCAGCCUUCCGUCUCCACCACAGGCCCGGACUGAACCAGGACCCGGUUGCGCCAUCAAGUGGUUUCCAUUUCAUUGGGUUGUGUUUUUUCUAUUGAAAGGAAAACUGUUUUUUUUGUAAGGCAGGCUGGUUUUGUAUUCCCCUUUGUCCUCUAAAAUGUACUGCUUGUUCUGGGGUACAUUUCUCAGCUCAUAAUUCAGCGAUGUUUUGUUUGUAGUUAUACAGAUUCAAACCCACCUCUCCCCAAAGGAAUUGCACAUGAAAUCAAAUGCUAGAAGCUUCUUUCAUUCUUCUCAUUCAGUCGACCUCAGCUGUUAAGCUAAGACCACUUCUCUCCACCCUGAUCAUCCGUUCUAUUCCAGAUUGCUCAAAUUCAGAGCUGCUAAUAACCAUUGCCAUCCCUCCCCCAUGUUUUUACACAAUGAAGAAAAAAGCUGCUACCUACUCCAAAUUCUCUUUAUCAAAUUGCCUGAUUUGGAAUUGUGAAAAGUACAGCGGUGUAGCUGUAGUACAUUUAUGUACUAUUUCUUUUGCUUUGCAUGAAACCUACAUCAUUUAAGAAGUAAAAGCACACCUGAACCAAAAGGAUCUAUAGAAAGGAUCAAAUGUUUCAGCCAGUGGGACUUGCGUUAACGUUCAUUUGUUUGAUUAUUCUUGAACCUCAACAGACUUUGUGUUAAAUGUUACAUGUAGUGUAAAUGGGAAGGUUUCUCAUCGUGAGUAUGUUGUUAUGGAGGUUAACAGGCUUCCACGACACUCUCAUCUGAAAGGGAGCGGCUUCCUUACAGAACAGUACAACCAGUUGCAAUAUCAAGAGUAGAAAUCCUGGUUUAUGAUGGAAUGUUGUUCAUGUGAGAACUACAGGCUGCAUCAAAGUUUAUAGCAGUGAGGCUGAGUCCAGUACACUCGAUGCUCCCUUUAGGUUUAACACUAUUUGACAAGUGCUUUGGAGUUUUUGAAUUUUAAUUAGUCACGUGCUCUGGGUUUUCUUUUAAUGGAAUCAGGCUGUGCUGUGAAUGGGAGCCUUUGUUAAAAGUGUUUAUUGAAACUGUAUUGUGUUCUGUAGCUUUAAAUUCUUAAAACCCCAAAACAGGCACUUAAUAAGAAGGCAAAGAGUUCACAAAACAUGAUGAAAUUGUUUUUACUAUAUAUAUAUAUAUAUAUAUAUAUAUAUAUAUAUAUAUAUAUAUAUAUAUAUAUAUAUAUAUACACACACACACACUGAUGCACAAAAGAAACACAACACUCAGGUCUAAUAAAUUUAUUCAAUUAUUUUAAACAUAGAUAUCAAACAAAAUCACAGAAAAUGUCAACACAAAUACAGAUCAAAGAAUCAUGCUGAGUUUUCAGUAUGAAACGUGACACACUGUCAAAAAGAAAACAUUGCAAAGUUAGUAUCAGGUAUGACCUCCCUGAGCAUUAACACAAUCCUGGCAACGUUGAUGCAUAGACCUGAUCAGCCUCUGGAUCAGUCAGACGUGACGGUCCUGGGCCUUUGUGGUGACCCUCUGCCUUCCAGGAUGUGGCCUGUUCAUCACAGAGCUGGUUUCCUGGUUUCUCGGGACUAGUCUGAUGAUUGUUGAAGCAGAACAUCUCAUUCUCCUGGCAACUUCUCUCACAGACAGACCGCCUUCAAUCAUGCCAAUAGCAACCAGGCGAUCUUCAUUACUCAAGCGGGGCAUGGUCGUAUCUUUCGCUGUUCUUGCAUUAAUUAAAAUCAUGUCUUUUUGAAUUUAUACAGAUUCUUAAUCGACUCAUUAAUUGGUCAAUUUUAACUCAGAUCAAAUACCAAACACUGAGCACCUGGCGUUUUUAUGAAAUCACAUGACUUGAGUUCAGUAUUUUGUUAUCCCAAGGAACAGUAACACUAUGUAUGUUCCCAAUGACCUAGUGAUGUAAAACUUAGACUGUUACGUUUUCAUUGUGCAUCAGUGUGUGUCUACACACACACACACACACACACACACACAUACAUAUAAAUAUAUACAGUUGUAGUAAAAAAUAUACAUACCUCAAUGGAAAUUUGUCAAACAAAGAAUUUUAGGAAAAAUAUUUUUAGCAAAAGUUACAAGAAUUAUGACUAAUUAUUUAUUUCAGCAAUUUUUGGCAAAACUCCAAAAAUGCUAAUUUAAAAGUAUUCAUACCUCUUGAUGCUAUGAUAGUAUUGUCUACAUAAAUUUCAAUAUGAUAAUGCAGAACCUAAUUCUAGAAAAGUCUAGAAAAUGUUGGAUUGUAGGUGAACAUUCUUAGAGAGUAUGAAAGGGUUAGGCAUAGGAUGAUUGCUGUCAUUACCAAUUAGUCAGUAUGGGAAAAAGUAAAAAGCUAUCGGAAGACAUUAGGCAGACAAUUAUUUAUUGUCAUAAAGCUGGAGAAGGUUUCUAGAAGAUUUCCAAGCAUUUGAGUAUCCCAAUUUCAACUAUUGUUUCUAUUAUCAAGAAGUACAAGACUCAUGGUACUAUCACAACACUCCCUCAGUCUGGAAGAAAGAAGGUUCUUUUACCAAGAACAAGUAGAAGAAUUCUGAGGAAGGUUAAUAACAAUCCGAGAUUGACUGCCAAAGAUUUUCAAAGUGAAUUGGCUACAAGCGGGACUGGGGUUUCCAUUUCAACCAUAGGUAGAGUAUUGCAUGGUGAAGGUCUCAAUGAUCGCAGGCCAAGGAAAAAGCCACUCUUAGGAAAACGUCACAAGGACAAUCGCUUAAAGUUUGCAAAAUGGCAUUUGAAUGUUGUAUAUGAGUUUCUGGUCAAAGGUUUUUUGGAGUGAUGAAACAGAAAUUGAGCUAUUUGGUCACGCUGGUAGUCGUUAUGUUUGGAGAAAGUCUGGUGAGGCAUACAAAGAAAAGAACACCAUACCUACUGUCAAGCAUGGCGGUGGUAAUAUCCUUCUAUGGGGCUGUUUUUUCUCUAAUGGCACAGGAAAUUUAGUUCCAAUAUAUGGUAAAAUGGAUUCCAUAGCAUACCAAAAGAUAUUGGCCAAUCAUCUGAAACCCUAUGCUACAAAACUUGGUCUAAAGUGCAUAUGGACGUUCCAACACAACAACGAUCAGAAUGGUUAAAGAAGAAUAAGUCUCGAUCUGAAUCAGAUUGAGAAUCUUUGGUAUGAGUUUGUGCACAAGAGAAGUCCUCGGAAUUUGACUGAACUGGAACGGUUUUGUGUUUAAGAAUGAUCAAAAGUCACUAAAGAAUCAUGCCAAAAGCUCACUGACAAAUAUCCUACUCAUUUAAAAGAGGUUAUUAUUGCUAAAAGUUCCUCAACUAGCUAUUAAUGUAAUUUUCCUUGUCAGGGUAUGAAUACUUCUGAAUUAGCAUUUUUGGAGUUUUGCAAAAAAAUUGCUGGAAUAAAUAAUUGUAGACAUCUAUUUCUUGUAACUUUUUCCUCAUCCACAAAAGCAAAACUUUUGCUACAAAAGAUUUUUCCUAUAAUUGUUUGUUUUUGAGACAUUUUUAGAAAUUAUAAAUUUCCAAUAGGGUAUGUAAACUUUUGAGUACAGCCUGUGUGUGUGUGUGUGUGUAUGUGUGUGUAUAUAUAUAUAUAUAUAUAUAUAUAUAUAUAUAUAUAUAUAUAUAUAUAUAUAUAUGUUUACCAAAUCAAUGAUAUGGUGCGUUGAUAUGGUAAACGUACUUUCAAAUCACCCUGUAUUUAAGCUACAUUUUAUUUGUACAACAGUUAAGCCAACAUAACUAAAACAGAUAAGCCUCAGCUUGUGUGCUAUUUUUUCAUGGACUGUUUUGUUUAUUUACAUGGUUUUGCGUAUAAGAGUGACAAUAUUUGUGUGUGUGUGUUAUCAUCAAGCAAACAGCUACUGAUAUUUAUUUUCUCUCUGGUUAAAGCCAAGACUGACCCUGUUAGACACAAGCUACCGUCCAGCUUUGCCAGUAAAGAUAUUAGGAUGUGAUGAUGCUGCCCGGCCUUUCUCGAAAACAUUUAAGGCUAAUACAUUAGGACCCCCUCUACUGUAUGUUUACUGGAGAUGUCUGUAUCAAAGCCCAGCAGGUAAAACAGAUGGAAAAUAUUUGGACAUGACUGCAUCUCUUUCAGUGUAAGAAUCAGCAGCAGAACUGUCCAUAUUCUAAUGAACAUUUCAACUGCAUUAUUUCUUUACACCGCUUGUAAAAGUUUCCAUAGUAAAAACAUAGCAAAGUGUAAUAAAGCUUAGUGAAAGCAUGGUAAAACAGAGGUUAGAACAUAAGAAAACAUUCAGUCAGGAGGGGGCCAUCGGCCAGUUCCUAGUAGUUGACUGAUCUCAAUACCUUGCCAAGUUGGGUGUUAAAAGGUCCGAAGGAUUCUGCCUCGACAGCAUGACUAGGCAGGCCAUUCCAUACCUUCAGCACUCUAUGUGAAGAGGUGGUGCCUUCAGCCUUCCUAGCUCAUUCUAUUGUAAAGCCCAGGAAGGUAUGGUAAAGCAUAUUAUAAAAUGACAGCCAGAGAUGCUGCUUUCUGAUUGGUGAAUUGGUGGGCUGGAGCCUCAGCACAAAAUAUGAAUCCGCUAAAGAGUAAACAAAAACAAAAAGGAGAUGGGGAAAUUUAAGAAAACCCCUCCCGUUACAAUAAAACAUGUACUACACCUGACGAGUUUUCAAUUAAAACAACCGAGACAGGAAAAAGAUACACAACACUAACAUUUAACAAAAAAAACUCAAAUCAUAACUCCCACACUGAAACAAAGACAUGAUGUUUGAGGGCUUUAAUAAUCCACUAUGACUUGUACUUUCACUACAAAAAUACUUAUGGAAAAUGCCUGAGAAUGCACCUGAUUUUUAAUGACAGCCUCAACACCUCUGACAACAGCACCUUCUCACUGGAGCCAAUGGGUAUAAAUGACCUUGGUUCAAUAAUGUUGAAGCUGGGUGAAGUGGCAGGACUAUCAAACAGAUGUACAAAUCAUUCAGUAAGAUCUGACGUUACUGCUGUUCAUAUUCUCACCAAAGCUGGACUUGAAACACAGUAAAUAAUGUCCAGAAUGGGUUAUCUAUCAGAAGCAACUGGCAAACAAGCCAUGAAGAAAGAAAUACUUGGUCCCAUAUGCUUACUGGCAGUGUGGCAGCAAACCAACCAAACUCAAAUUGUCCUUCAUGUCCACACUGGAAAUUACUCCCUCUGCAUAAACAUCAACUGUGCUUAAUAAUCAAUCCAGUAUUCUCCAGUAACAUUUAAUUAUAUUAAAAAUACACAUAGGAUCAAUAGUUAUUACUAUUUGUAAAUUGAUAAAUGUAGUACCUCCCUCACACACCGCACCGCUCAUCUGAACAUAGUUUUUUAAAACAGCGAAAGGACACACAAAAGAAAAUCUUUUAAAAAAAGAGUGACCAAUUAUUAUUUAAAUUUAUUUAUAUUUAUUUUUUAUUUGGAAUGUCCAGUUAUGUUUUUUCUCCUCAGUGCAGUGAGUCCCCACACAGCACAGACGUUCUGAGGGCGUGUGUGUGUCCUCCGAUCUCACAAGCCUAAAGCCAGAAUCGCUUUUACACUGAGCAAUCCAGAGCAGAGGUGGGCAGGCUACCGAUCCUGGAGAACAGAGAUCAGCCCUGUCUCUUAUCCACUCUGAAUGUGCUCUGUGUUUGGGCAGUAGGGUUCGCUGUUGCGUGAUGAGGAGAAGGAAUCCCUGCCAGUUUGGGGUCCCCAGAAAAGUUUGGCCUCUGCACAGCCCGGACACAAACUGGCGUCAUCCAAAAUGUGUGACGCAUCCUGCUCUCCCAGCAGCAGCACUUUAACUGGAUGAGCCACUCGGGGACAAGAAAAUCAUUUUUAAGAGUGUGUCUAAUUAGAAUAAUUAAUAAGCAACAGUGAUACAUUCUGUUUUAUAAUCAAAUGAUGGUACUCCAGGAUGUUGUGAUAUGCUGAAAUAUAACACACUGUCGUACCAUAAUUCUUAAUUAAAACACAUGGCAAACCAUAGUAAAUUUUAGUAAAUGCAUGGGAAACUACACAUUUACUGUUCAAGUGUACUGUGGUAAACUUUUAUAAGGCACAGUACAUUCUAAAAUUAGAUUACAGUGCUAAAUACAAGCUAAUAAGGGCUUGUAUUGUGCAGUGCUAUCUCUUUUUCUUUCUGCAUUACUGGCUCACGUCUAUAAGGACACCAUAAUGUAUGCUGUGGUGACUUUUUGCAUUAGUUCUGGCCUCUGGGCUGUGGGUUAUGUUAUAAAGCCUAUAUAUUCAACCUUCUUAUCUAAAAUUGAUGCCAAUUUACAUGGACAUUUCCUACCAAGACCAAUUCUUGAUUGACUAUUAAAUGCUUUACCUUGAGACGCUGUUAUUUGUUAAAUCUAUUAAAAGUUACUCCAAAUACUGUGAAUUUAAGGAUUUGGAUGAAUAUGUACAGGCGAGCCAACACAGCGGUCAGUAUAAUCAUUUUCAUGGGAUAGGCCAUAAGAGUGUAGCUCAUGCUGGCCUAUUUUUCCAUGGUGCUGCUGACACCUGUAUCCUGGUGGAGCUUGUCAACCAGUGAGGCCACAGAAACUGACAGAGCCACAUGGCAAACUGAUCCAUCCACUGCCUCUUUGGUUUUAAAGUUUGACAAUAUCAAUAUUAAAGUGAUUGUACUUAAAGUGAAUUCCAUAGAUUUUCCAGGCAAUGUACAUCCUUUGAGUAUAUAUGUCACAAAUGUAUAGUUUGAAAGGUGUUCUAAGGAACAUGUAUUUUCAUUUAAAACAUAUCUGCAACCACAUUUGGUUAAAGAAAUCUCUGUUGCAGGCCUUGCUUUCUAAGUGUCCUGCACUUUCAUGGUAAUUUCUCCUGCAAACUGAAAUUGUCCUCAUGCCUUUAGGGACGUCUUUCCAGUUUGUAACCAACCAGCUUCUUCCCCUAAUGACUGACAUGCUUUACAGCCAGUAAGGUGCUUGACCCUGAAGACACUUCUGAGAUGGAAUGACCCGGGAAGUGUCAGUGUUACAGACUAUCUGGAAAGGAAGCCAAGCAAACUAAGAACUUUUUUUUUUUUUACCUAAUGUAGUAGCAGAUGUUUUAAAAUGAAAUGCUCGCAAUACAAUGUUCCUUGCACAUUUGAGACUGACAUAAUCAAUAGAAUUGCAUGAUGGGUAAGAUUUCUGAACAUCAUUUUUUUUUUAGCAACAACCACUUUAAGAUUCCACGUGCUUUUAAAUGUUGGCUUUGCUUUUUGGGUAGUAUGCAUUAAUGAUUUGAUUAAUAAGGAUUAUGGGUGUCAGUUAAAAAAUAACCUGUUGUUCCAACCAUAUCUCCUUAACAAUUUUUUUCUUAGUUAUGAACACCUUGGCCAUGUGAACUUUUUGUUUCCUAAUUCUGGAGAGCCGUUUAUCACUAAUAGAAAGUCUAUCCCAAUACUCAAGAAGCCACUGACCCUUUGAAAUAACUUUUAAAUAUAUUUUACAUUGGUUUUAAUGCAGUGGAUGAAUCCCUCCAUUCAAAUGAUCUCCCUGUUGCUUUGGGGGAACAUACACUUUAAGUGUGACUGCAAGGGGUUUUAUUUGAACUUGACUAAAGGCUGUUUGAAAUAGUGUCUGUCAUAUAUUUACAAUUUUUAACCAAUGACGUUGUGAUACUCACAAGUGUCGCUCUACAUACCUGUAAUCGCGCCCUCUUUCUCUGCCAGACUGUGGAUUUGUGAGUUUAGAAGUGCAUGGGUUAAAAAGCUUUAAUUCUACUGCUUAAAACAUUAGGAUUUUGUAAGUAAUGGUUCAGUUGUCAUGUUUGGUGCAAUCAGACAGUAUUGUUAACCUCAUAUAAAAAGGGCUGUCUGUCUUAGAGGUACAAAAUUCAAAUCAUGCAUGUGUUUAUACAACAGUGUGACCCUGUCCUCCUUGCAUAUGUAGAUUCAUUUAACCCACUACAGAGUGUGUGUGGGAUGAACCCUGUUACUUAACACUAAUUGUUCAAAAUGAAUACAUAUCUAACUUUUAUGGGGGGGUGUGGAGGAUUCGAAUGUUGUUUUUUUUCCAAAUACUGAUUUGUCUGUGUAGCCUGAAAGCUGUAGCCUCACUGGUGCUAAGAAACAUUAAAAUAAUGUAUUUUUUAUUUUUAUGUUACUCAAGUGAUUUUUUUUCUUUUUAUUUAAACACUAAAUAAAAAAGAAAAGGAUACCUUCACAACAUGUUUGUGCUGUAGUUCUCAAUCAUGUGGCAAAUAAUGCUUGACCCUGAAGACACUGCUGAGGUGAAAUAACCCAGGAAGUGCAAGUGUAACACAUUUCCUGGAAAGGGAUGCAAGCAAACUGAAAACUUUUGUUUCACCGAGUGCUUUAAUGAAAAUACAUGUUUGCGAUAUCUUGUUUCUUUCAGAACUGCACAUUUCAGACCUACAGAGAUUGGAAUUGCAUGACAAGUGGUGUUUAUGAAAGUAUUGUGACAGCUACAACCAAACAACUGAGGAAAACUACGAACAUAAUUUUAGUAAAUGUAGCAUUGCUGGGGAUGGCAGUUGUUGGGUUUUUAAACCACAGACCCCUUGCUUACUGUAUCUAUGUCAUAUAAUCUCCUUUACAGAGAUUUAAUGAUAAGUCAUCUCUGCUUAAUAUCUUUUCAGGGAAGAUAUUUAGAAUGUCAAGGGGUUGAAUUUGGAGUAAAACUGGCAACAUAAUUAAUUCAGUGCUGUAAAAAACUAGACAUUAUGAAUACUUUUUAGUCGUGAAUAUGUUUGUCAUCUAAAACUUUAACCCUUUCAGUCCUGGCAGGACCUCAAGGCCAGGCCUUAUCUUCACAUCGUUCUUGAAGUAUUGACGGCACUUUAAAGUCCCAUUUACCAAAAUAUACACGUACGUAAAACAGAAUUGUGUCCUGUUCUGCUUGUUCUCAAUGGAGGAGUUCUUUUUCAAAUUAUAUAACUUAGUUUUGCAUUCUUCAGCUUGACAAAAAUAAUUCAGGACUGAAAGGGUUAAACACAGUGAGGGGAUAAUAAAAAAGACUAACCCUGAAAGACACCUUCCUGCAACUAUGAAUAUAUACAUUUAUAAAGUGGUUAGACAUAAAAAAAGGAAUAUUUAAGGGAGGCGUUUUGGCUUUUAAACUAUAAAAACUACACAUUAAACAAAUACAGCUGCAGGCAGGAGUGCAUUUUUAUUCAAUUUUUCCGAAUUGAUUUAUUUUACAGAGGGGGUUUAGUUUAUUGAGGUAAUAGCUGUAUUUACCUUGAUUGUGAUUUAAUACGUUUUUUUGGCAGUACUAGUAUAUGUUUUAAAUUCUAGUGAAAUUUCAUAGAGGAGCAUGAAGUUUGUUUUAAAAUACUUAUGUUUUUGAUGGGUUAUAGCACAACAAAGCAGUCACUGACGGUCUACUCGGAACAGAGUGGAUUUAAAAAUUAGCUACACGCUAAGUGAGUGUCCGGUAUCAAAGUAAGACAGUCGGUGUAGUGUUAUUUUCAGAUACGUGUUCAAAAGUGGUAUGCAGUGCACUGCGCUUGCUCGCGCAUGCCUAAAUGCUAAGAAAGCAGGGAAACGCCCAUUCAAAUCUGGUACAUUCUGCUGUUUUCGGACUUUUACAUCUUUCUAAAUUGAAUUUAUAAUAUUUUCUGGUCUUUUACAUCGUAAUGUAUCAGAUUUUUCCACCAUUAAGAAAAUAGGGUCUUGUAAUUUUUUUUACUUGUGCAAUGUUGCGGUGAUUUCUCAUUUUGUCUUGAAUUGUUUUUUUUUGUUUUGG